GAGGGCUGGCCACCUCCCUGGACGAUCAGCUCCUUGCACACAGGCCCUCCCUGCUCUGCCAGUCCCAGCGAAGGGCCCAGGGCGCGCCCUGACCCCAGCCUCCCUGGGCCUCAGCAGGCAGCGCUCCUCCGGCCUGCCGGGCUGAAGUCUGCGGGCCCAGCGGGAGGCGGUGGAGCAGCCCGGGCGCGAAGCUCUUGAAAAGCACAGCAAGUCUGAAGGAAACCAGCUCUGUCUCGGACAGUGCUGGAACCAUGGGCAAUAACGGAACAGACCUCGACGUCGGCUACUUCUCCUCUUUCAUAGCGAUACUUCUGUUUGGAUCAAAUUUUGCACCACUUAAAAGAUAUGAUACUGGUGAUGGAAUGUUUCUUCAGUGGGUGCUUUGUGCUGCCAUUUGGUUAGUUGCCUUAGUCGUCAACCUGAUACUCCACUGCCCUAGGUUUUGGUCUUUUGCAAUGCUUGGAGGCUGCAUUUGGGCAACAGGGAAUGUUGCUGUUGUCCCAAUCAUCAAAACCAUUGGUUUAGGCCUUGGAAUCCUAAUCUGGGGAUCAUUUAAUGCCUUAACUGGCUGGGCAAGCUCAAGGUUUGGCUGGUUUGGAGUAGAUGCGGAAGAGGUGUCAAAGCCGGUGCUGAAUUACGUCGGAGCUGGGCUCUCAGUAAUAAGUGCCUUCAUAUUUUUGUUCAUCAAAAGUGAAAUACCACGUAACACUCCUGCCACGGAAACUACACCGCUAAUGACGGAGCAUGCGAUCGACCCAGCUCCAGAGCCCGGUUCCGGCCCCGCCUGGGUGGACAGACUCUCGGCAGCUCACCGCCGCUUACUGGGCUGCAGCCUUGCGGUGGCAUCCGGGACACUGUACGGCUCUACGUUUGUGCCCAUCAUUUACAUCAAGGACCACAGCAGAAGAAAUGAUAGCGUUUAUGCAGGGGCAAGCCAGUAUGAUUUAGACUAUGUUUUUGCACACUUCAGUGGCAUCUUUCUUACAAGUACAGUCUACUUUCUGGUGUACUGUAUAGCCAUGAAAAACAGUCCUAAACUCUAUCCUGGGGCAGUUUUACCAGGGUUCCUGUCUGGAGUGCUGUGGGCCAUCGCUACCUGCUGCUGGUUCAUAGCCAAUCACUCUCUCAGUGCCGUGGUCAGCUUUCCAAUAAUCACCGCUGGUCCAGGAUUUAUAGCUGCACUGUGGGGUGUCUUCAUUUUUAAGGAAAUACGGAACUUGUGAUGAGACCGAUGUCUACCAGUGCUAAUGCUCACAGUGAAUCUGCCCAUUCCACUGACCUCAGCCUGGCUCACAGAGAUCAUCUCUGGGUGAAGAAAAGCAAACCAUCCACUCCAGCCCAGCUCUUCGUCAAGUUGAAAACUAGUGUACCUAACUUCGUGGUAUUUUCGGUUAUAUAUUAAUUGGCAUUCAUCCUAAUAAGAGCCAGUUAAUGGAAGAACCACUUCCUCAGGAGUUUGUGCAGCCCUCCUCAUCCUGGCUGUUUUUUUUGCUCCUUCUAGUUUGUAAAUAGAGCAGAUUGACCUCUGAUCUCUGCCAUUUUUUCUGCAAGCUGGAGCUGGAGAAUCUCUAAGGAGAUCUAGGGAGUGAGGCCGUCUGAGGCCACCUAGAAGCCUCCCCUUGCAGUGAAAGCCCCACUGCGCUCCCCAUCCUGUCCGAGCCGCCAUCUGCCUGCCCGUCCAGUGACAGCUCUCCCACUGGGUGUGCUUCACAGCGCACCUGGAGGAAGGGCAGGAAAGAGAGAACAUCUCCCUACCGCACACAUCUCUGUAGGGGUGCACAGGUCUCCCCAGGCCUCCAAGUUGCUGGGGCCUUCUGCCUCAUUCCCAUUUUCCUGCAGAACCUGAGUGAUUCUACCUGAUUUAUAAUUAGAUCCUUGCUUUUUUCCUUCUAUUUUUAAUUGAAAAAAAAUAGUGUAUAAUUUGACUAUUAGAAGCCCUGUAAGGCGAGACUGUACUUCUACGAUUAUGGAGGUCAUCAAUCCUGGUUUCAUUUGGGCUGCUGAAGCCCUGCCUUGGAGUAUUAGAGUCUUUCUGUCCUGAACGGGAACAUAAACCAACUGGCAUUGUCUCAGUGGGGGAUGCCUGGAGCCAUCCACAUGAAAAAUGACCACAGGAGCUGAAGUAUUGACCAGGAAAAGAGAUGCCUUUGGGGAUAGAAGAUGAUUGUAUUUCAAUGCUUGAAGGUUUAUCUAGUGAGAGAGAUAUUAAAAUUGAUUUGGCGGUACCAAGAGAUAGAUCUCACAGGACGUGAAAUAUUUCUGUUUAACACUGGAAGGUAUUUCUUUGUUGAUCCACAGGUGGGCUGGGCUGCCUUGGGACAUGACACUAAGUGUUUCCAGCCCCUAAACACAGAGAGGAAGUGGGUCUUCGGCUCUCUUCCUGUCUCUGUUUCUUCCUCCCCCUUCCGGUGCAGCUCUUCCUCUCCAUCUGAGCUUUUCCAUCUUCCCUCUGGAGCAAUGCAGUUGCAUCUUAGUUGAUUUCCACGCAUCCACCCGACUCCCUCCCAUCUGUUACCAUCCAGCAAAAGUGCAGGCUUCCCAGAGUGCAAACCUGGUCUUCCCGGCACAUGGAGGUGCCCAUUCUCCUCGUGUCUCCAUGGCUUGGAAAGACAGAAUCCCAAAGCUUGAGCAGACUGUCAGACUCCCAGCCCUCAGGCAGGUCCUACCUCCUCCUCUUGUUUGUUUGGGUUAAGCCUUUAAGCCUAGGGCCACUGCACUGCUGAGUGUGUCCCCAGCCAGCCAACACCAACCUCCUGUUCAGACAGGGUCUUGCCAGGGUGGCCUUGAGCUCUACAUCCUCCCGCCUCAGCCCCCAGAGUAGCUGGGAUUGUAGGCGUGGGUUACGGAGCCUGCUUCUGUGUAACCUCUUUUUGCUCUCUUGGUCGCUCAUUGCUCCAGUCACACUGUCCUUCUGUCUUGGGACGCAUCUUGCUUUCUCUUACAACAGGGCUUUGCAGUGAAAUUCCUUCUACCGGGACCUACUCACAUCCUCACUUCCCCGGGCAGUUGGUCGAAAGUUGUCACUAGAAGCUCAGCUACCCACCCUCGAAUCUUAUUAAGGGCCCACGACACAUUCUUAAAGGACCGGCUUGCUUUGCGGCAGUGGCGGCUUGCUUUGGCGGCUUGCUUUGCGGCAGCCCUCUGGUGCCAGGCUGAUCUCUGAUGACCUGAUUCCUUACU